AUGGACGGUAGAGCUCUGUCGGAGUUGAAAGUUGCGGACCUUCGAAGGGAGUUGGAGAAACGACACAAGGAUAAAAGUGGUGUAAAGCAGGUGUUGGUCGAUCGCCUGAGAGAGGCUUUAGAAGAGGACGGUCACGACCCGGCGAAUUACAAAUUCGGUGCUGACGAUGUUGGCGGAGAUUCCGAGUUUACGGAGCAGCUGUCUCUUAACGACGAGGAAUCUGAAACCGACAAAGCGUACGUCAAGGACAGCGACUUACCGCGUUCAGAUUCCACCGCGGAGCCUGGGGAGACAAAAAAACUAACGGACGAGUCCGUGACCUAUGUCGUUCAGGUCGGUGACGCAGAGGAGGACCUAGACUACGAUCUAAAAACCGAGGUUGACAAACAAGUGGAUGACUCUGUGGGUUCAGCUCGGCACUCAGCAAAUAACGCAGAGAAACACGUGGAUGGCGACAUUGUAACUUUGGAAAGUGGGAAGAGUGUUAAAAGUGCUCCUAACACGUUGCCAAAAACGCCCUCAACAACCACGUCUUCCGAGUCCCGACGAAAUCUCUGGGUUAGCAACCUACCGAAGACUGCGAAGGCUGCUGAUUUAAAGCAACAGUUCAGCAAAGCUGGCAAGGUUAUCUCCGCUACAAUAGUCAUGAGUACGCGGUCUCCCGGUGGCUGCUUUGGAUUUCUGCAGAUGGGAUCAUCCGAAGAAGCUGAGGCUGCUGCUCGUAAGUUCAACGGGAUUGAUUUUCAUGGCCACAAAAUCAACGUUGAGGCCACGGAUAGAAAGCCUCCGACCCUAUCAACUAAGGUGGCUGAUCGCCCCACAGUCGUUCGGAACAAAGGGAAUUUGAGUAAAGCAGGACCGACACGUUCAAAUGCACAGUCACGAAUUUUGCUUGCAAGGCGUUUUGCCGGAGCCAAACGUGGUGUAUUCAAACGGACUCUGCGCAAACCAGUUUACGAACGCAGACGUGAACUCCAACCUGUUCGUCCAUCGAGGUUGUACUCUAAUUUGAUGGCUUAUCACUCCUUAAGAAGAGCUCGUUUGCUGGCUGCUUCAAGAUUUGCGCUUCCUAGGGUGUUACAGGAUCUCGAACGCCCUGCUACCAGAAACAGAGUUCCCAGGAUUCCACUGCCGAUGGCGCGCUACAGCGCCGAAUUUUUGCCUUCCGUCAGACGUUUCGCUGUUCCCGAACGCCGUGUUCCACGAUCUCCCGGUGGACCAGAAUCAGGCCCCCGCCACUCAGAGCCACGAGCUUUCUCCGUCAAUGCUCGUCGUCGCUCGCAAGAUGCGUAUUAUACUGAACGUUCUCGACCCAUCAUUUCGCCUCGAAAUGUCAUUGCUAGACGUUCGGAACCCGUGCGACCUAUCCGCCUCCGUGAUUCGCCAUUUGUUUCUCCGUUGGAAAGUCGGCGCUACUACCAGCCCACCCCUAGCUCAGUGGAGCAAGCACCAAGAUAUGCGAGAAACGAAAGGUCUUCUGAAGGUUCCCGUGUUCUCUCACGUACAGCAGAUUAUUCUCGUCCCAGAGCUGCUUCUCGGUCAGCUGAUCGUCGCAACGUAGCUCGAAUGUCUGCAAAUAUGUCCAAUGGUACCAGACGGAGGACGCCACCUCAGGUCCCAUCUUACAAUCAUUUUCGCGACCCUGUCUCGGAACCGUCUCCACCCCAAAGACGAGUGCCCUCUCGAAGCCACUCUUCGAAGGGCGUGCCAAUGCAAGCCAGGCGCGAAUACCGCGAUGUAAGCCGCAGUCCUCCCAGGUCACGUAAUGUCGCUUUGGUUCGCCCGUAUCCCGAUGUGUCUCCUCGUCGUCCAUCGCGCAAUGAUCGAGAUCGCAGUCCGAUACACGGUGGAGGUUCGCGUCCAAGAGUUGUAGACUAUGGACAUCGAUCUGAGCCACAAAUGAACUGGAAUGCCUGGAGGGGCGAUUUCACGGAUAUGCCCGCCCCUUCUGGACACACUUGGAAGCCAACGGGGCACUCAAUGCUUUCCAACUACGGUAGCCGGGACUCCGGCCGACGCUAUUAAUGCCUCCUACUUUGUCUCCGCAUUAAAAUUUUCGGCAAUACUUUGUACAUUCUCGUUCUUUUAAUGAGCUCCGUAAUACAUUCUUAAUCGUGCAC